AUGGUUGCUCUGUCAUCUUCGCAAGCAAUGAGCCAGUCUUCCAAUUGCACUCUCACUUUCAUUGCUUCUCAACCUCCCCAAUUGGGUCCCACCAGCACAGUCUACCAGGCAAUCAUGACGACCUUCCAAUACGCUGUGGAUUGCAACAUCUGCACUGUCACCAACAUUCCAAGCGCUGAAAUUCAAGGUCCUUUCACCACCAGAUCGACCAGCUCAAUGCUCACGGUUACUGAGAUCCAAUGCAUCCCUGAAGGCACAGCCAGCACCAGAAUGCACCAUAUUGCCCCCUCUCCUACCGCGAGCUGGAACCAAAUGGAAGAUCUCAAGAAGUCACAUAUCAGUCGCCGUUCUGAUCAAGCUACGGAAGCAGCUCUUGCGGACCUGGCAAGUAGCUUCGCUAACGCUCUUCCUCCGGAUGUCUCCCUGCUCUCUGGUGGUCUGAGGGACGAGUUCACCGACAUUGCAUCUGCCAUGUUUGCACUGAGCAUUUGUGACUCUGGCAUGAACCUCAGUGAAGCAUGUGGUCAACUGAACACUGACCUCGUUGCAUACCAACUGUAUCAGUCAUGGUAUGCUCCCAACAAUGUCAAGUCCAUCGUUUGCUUCUGCGCUUCAUAUGGCUACGACUUCGACACCACCCGUCAACAGUUGUAUGCUAGUCUUUACGCUGCUCUUAUCGGCAUUCUCGCUGCUGCUGAUAUCACCACUGAUCGGGGUCAAAUUUGUGAUACCCUCAGCCUCUUCAAUCGGACAGGUCCUUCUUUGGGCAUCGACAUCCAACAGUAUCAUGACCUUGUCUGCAGCAACAUCCCUCCUCCCACGCCAACCUAUCCCCCCUGGUAUGGACCGACUUCCUGGCCUCCAUAUGCCAGCAACAACAUGACCAGCUUGGGUAGUCCAACCUCCUGGGCGCCCAAUACGACCAUCUCAGGAACCGGCGGCCCUAGCUGGACUGGAGUCAACAACCGUACUACUUGGGGGCCACCCGUCUCAUACACCGGCACCAUUGGUAGUGAUUGGUCUAUCACCAUCAACACUCAGACCAACUGGACCGAAACAACACCGACGGGGACUGGUGCAGCGUCUGACAUAGCUACAGCAGGAUCCAACGACACCAUGACUGCUGCGCAUACGCCACGAGGGAUCAACGCCAUGCCAUUCUAUCCCGCGAUCACCACUCCGACACCACAUUCGGGAUUGUUCAAGCGAUACUAG